AAAAUGGUUCCUUUUUCAUUCGUCAAUGGAAGUGAAAAAAUUGCUUAACAAAUUCUAAGCGGUUCUAGGGAAAUAGAAAAUAAUUUAUUAAGCUGUACAAAAUAGUUUGUAUAUGUUAUUAGUUAAAACUAAUAGUAAUUUAUUUAAUAAGUUAAAUCAAAGUAAAGUGAAGAAAGCUUGUCCAAAAUGUGGAAUCAAUGGGCAUCGGGGCCACCACCAAUACCCCCAACUUCCAAUAAUCCACAAUCGCCCUUAAUUGGACCGGUUCUGCCUGCAGCACAGGCACCGCCACCUUCGCAAGCACCACCAGCACCAGUGCCAGCUGCCUUGCCAGCGGUUCCACCGAUGCAAACAGUUCCAUACCAAACUGGAGCUCCGACUUACACCCCAGCCCAAUAUGCUGCAAUGACCCCAGAACAGCAAUACGCUGUUCAACAGCACUGGCAGCAAUGGCAGGCUUACGAGCAACAAUACGCUCAAUGGCAUGCUCAGUACGGCGAGCAGUACAAACGUGAAAUGGCUGCAAUUCAAAGCACACCAGCUCAACCAGCUGUAGUUCCUUACAGUGGAACUGCAGUUGCCAACACCUAUAAUUAUCCUCCUCCAGCCGUCUCUAAUCCUUAUCCAAUACCACCAGUUCCAACUACUGCACCACCUCCACCUCCCCCAGAUGAUAAUAGUAAUUCGAAAGGAAUAAAGGCUCCGGCUCAGAUCUACGAACAACCACCUCCGCCUCCUCCACUUCCUCAAGAAACAUCUAUGCAGAACAGUAAUGACCCCGUUGGGCAACAGGAAAAUGUACUUAAUUCACAGAAUCAGAAUCUGGUAUCAUCACAACCCCUGCCAAACCAAGAAAAUCGAUGGAGUCAGCCACCACCGUUCUCUACGCCAAAUUUAGGAAAUCGGCGGAAUGGUCCAAAUGAUGGAUCAAUUAAUCAACAAAAUCAAUACAACCAACAAAAUCAACAAAACCAAUAUAAUCCACAAAACCAAUAUAACCAACAAAAUCAAUUUAACCAACAAAAUCAAUAUAACCAACAGAACAGACAGCAAAAUCAACAAUUUAAUCAACAAGACAGGUCACUUCAAAAUGAUCAACAAUUUAAUAAUGGGAAACAACAAAACAUGCGACAAAAUCAAAAUAAUAAUUAUCCACGUAAUCAACAAGAAAAUGAACAAGGAAGAAACAACCGUCAAGGAAACAGACAGAACAACAAUUUCGGUGGCCGAAAUCGUAGUCGAAGCGGAAACAACUAUGAGAAUGAACGCCAGUUUGAUGACUCUGAUGGAAGAAACAACAAUCAAUAUCAGUCAUGGCAACAAGACAAUUCAGGCGAAAGAAAUAAUCGGGGAAACUUUACAAACCGAUUUGACAACAGUUAUGAUAAUUUUGACAGAAACUUGGGACAGAAUCAACAAAAUUCUAAUAAUUGGCAAAGCAAUAUGCAGAGUGGCAAUUUUGGAACUCCCGACAAUAGACAGAGGCAAAUUUCACAGAAUCAAAGUACACCAAAUGAAAAACCUCAAAAUCAAUCAACCGGUGGGUCCGUUGACGAAAAAGUAUUUGAUGAACAAUUUCGAUUGUGGGAAGAACAGUUUGAAAACUGGAAAAAAGAGAACGCCAAUCAUCCAGAUCGCGAUAUGUAUAUGAAGUAUGAAAGAGAGUUCGAGAAGACGAGAGUCCGAUUGUUAGAACGUCGAGAACAGAUGAGACGCAGGAAAAUGAUGGAAAUGCAGCAGAAAUCUAACUUACAAAACUCCGAAACGCGGGAACCAUUGCAAAACCAACAAUCUCAUCAAUCAAUUCCAACCAACAACCAACAAUCUCAUCAACCAAUUCCACCACAAAAUGAUCCAAAACAACUAGAACCUAUGCAACCUCAAAAUCCAAUUCUUCAUCCAGAUGCACCUCAGGAUGUUCAAAAUGAAAUUUCUAAUAAUUCUAAUGAAAAAAUAAUUGAAGCAGAAAAACCUAAUAAAUCGCUUGAAAUACAGAAAUCUCAAAAUUCCGACAUGGAACAAAGUGAAUCCGAAGACUGCGUUGUUAUUUUGUCUUGUGAAAAAAUAGAUAAAACCACGCCAGAAGCCGAGAAAGAAAGUGAAAAUAAAAAUGUAGAAGAAAAAGAAACCGAAAAUUUAAAUAAAUCUGAAACAACCAUAUUUAAAAAACAAGAAAUGACUGAAUUGUUUAAAUCAGGAGGAGGAAUUCCUGGAUUAGAUUUGGUUGGCUCUAAAGAUGGUGAAGUGGUUGAUAAUCCAAUGAAUGAAAAUGAAAAAAAUAAGAACGUAAUGGAUUCAGAUACUGAUGGACCAACUAGGCCUCCCAAAAUACCUGCCACUUCAUUCAAUAGUGGAAAUAUUCUUACAACUCCGCAACAUCAGCAAAUGACAUUAAAAGAUUCAAACCCUCAGUUCUCGUUUUUGAAUUCCCAAGCGCAAAUAAAUCAAGCAACACCACCACCACCACCACCAGCACAACGAAAAAUUCCAUCACUUUUUGACAUAGUUGUCGAAAAACCAGUUCUCUCUCCAGAAGCUUGUGUGUCGCCACUACUACGAAAUGCUUCCCCUGCGGGAAGUAGAACUUCAAAAGCAGAUAUUCCCCGAGAUGCCGCGAGUUGUCAUUCGAGAAGUAUAUCAAGAGAUCGUGAUGUAUUAGCAUCCCCUUUUCAGAGACCACAAUCACAAAUGUCUACAGAACAGAACAUUCAGCAAUCUGUUCCUAAUCAGCAGCAGUCUAACUUACCACCACAGGCAGCAGAUCUUGCAAAAGCUCUACAAGAUCCAAAUGUAAUGCAACUACUAAGCGUUGCUUUAGCCCAAGCUCAAAAAAGUGGUUGUUUAAAUCCAGCAGCAAAUGCACAACAAAAUCAGCUUCUCCAGCAACUCCAACAACUUCAACCACUUAUUCAAAUGCAACAAGAACGUUCUAAUAAUCGACAAUGGGACAACAAUGCGUCGUCAGAAAUGUCCCAACAUCCACAACAGUCGCAAUCGUGGCAAAAUCAAAGUCAAAAUCGAAAUCAAGAUUUCGACAACAGACAACAGAAUACAAAUAUGAACCACAAUGUAAACCCAAACAACAGGUUCAAUUCAAGUGGGUUUGACAGUCGCAAUCAAUUUGAUGAUAAUUCAUUCAAUAACGACGAUCGCCUGAGCCGACGACCGGGCAGUUCUAAUUUAUCCGACGGCGGUAGAGAUAUGCCACAAAAAAAUCCACGAAAUCCAUUCCGACGUGGUAAUGGUCCCGAAGAUACAGACAAUGGAGGAAAUAAGAAUCUUGACAUUACAAAUAGCGGACGGGGUCCUUUUGAGAGUAGUACAAAUAACGCAUUUGGUGGUCUGACAAAUCUCCAGCAGCAAAGAGGAGGAAAUUUCGAAGGAAACUUCGAAAAUGAUAAUUUCGGAAGAGGUAACUUUACAAACGAUAACUUUGGAAGAGGUUUCAGUGGUGGAAGAGGAAAUUUCGGAGGAAGAAAUUUCGGUGGAAGAAACUUCGACGACGAGAACUUUAAUAGAGGAGGAGUAGCAGGUGGAGGAGACAAUUUUGGAAGAGGGGACAAUUUUAAAAGAGGAGACAGUUUUGGAGGAGGAAACAAUUUUGGAGGAGGACACAAUUUUGGAAGAGGAGACAAUUUUGAAGGAAGAGACAAUUUUGAAGGAAGAAACAAUUUUGAAGGAGGAGACAAUUCCAAAGAAGGAGACAAUUUUAACAAUCCUCGUGACAGCAACUAUGAUGGAGAAAACUUUGCCGGAGGAAGAAACUUCAAUAACAGACCCGAUACGAAUUUCAAUAAUUCUCUCGGAUACCGGAAUAAUGCAAACAAUUUUGGUGAUCGCGGUGUUGGUGAUAAUGACUUCUAUCGUCCAAAACAAAUAUUUGACUACCAAAACCGUUCACGUCCAGAAUCAUUGAUGCCCGCAGCAAAAGUUGUUGAUUAUGGUCACAAGCCAUCUGCACUUUUGCCACCAACUUCUUUUGGUCGUGAUAAUAGUGAGUUCGUUCCAGUUAAAACGAUUGAUUAUGGUCAUGCAAAAGCUCAGAAUGCAUUCCAAGAUAAAAGUGGUAAUCAAAAAUCUAAUAAAUGGAAUCAAGGUCAAGACCAUCAACAACAACAGCAACGAAAUCAGAAUCAAGGUUUUAGAGGAAAUUCAAAUGAAACCAAUUCAAACGUAAAGACAAACAAUCCAGAAGAAAAUGAAAAUCCUAACUGCGACGAAUUAUCUACACCGACUGAAACUGAUAACGUAAAUGAGUUGGAAUCUGAAAAAGGGCAAGAAUAUCCAAGAAAUAAAUGGAUCUUGCAAAACCCAGAAAGCCGUCAAAGACCGGGUCCACCCACUAAGAGGGGCAAGAGGAAUUCUAUUCAAUUUGACACCGAACCUUUAACAGAAAAUACACACCCAGAGUCAUUUGAAAAUGAUGAAAUUGAAGAAAAUUUUGAAGAAAUAUCUGAUAAUGAAUGCAGCAUUACAGAAACUGCCGACCUUCCUUCUCAAAACACUCCAAUAAAAAAGAAAACAGUAUCCUUGUUCCCGUCAGUAUCGGAUUCAAAUAAAACCCCAUCAAUGGUCAUUCCCUCGAAUGAGAAUAACAACACUAUUCCCAUUGAUGAGAUUUUAUUUAAACCGGGACGGUUGACGCGACCAAAAAAUAUUGUAAUAAUUAUACGUGGCCCACCGGGAAGUGGAAAAUCACACGUAGCUAAAUUAAUAAAAGAGAAAGAAGUUGAAAUGGGUGGACAGACUCCACGCUUGCUUAGUGUAGACGAUUACUUCAUGGUUGAAAAUGAUUAUGAAGAAAAGUGCCCUAAAACUGGUCGAAAGAUACCAAAGAAGGAAAUUCUUUAUGAAUACGAAAAAGAAAUGGAACCAACAUAUAUGCAGUAUUUAAUUAAGUCCUUUAAAAAAACAGUUACUGAUCAUCUUUUUGACUUUAUUAUUGUUGACUGUUGUAAUCAGUCGUUACGUACAUUCAAUGAAUUUUAUAAUGCUGCUAGGGAUGGUAAUUUUUCGCCAUUUGUCAUCGACCUGAAAUGCAAAUUGGAGCGUUGUCUCGAACAAAAUAUUCACAAUCGAAAGGAAGAAGACAUCAAGCAAAUAAUUGAGAAUUAUCAAGAUUGUCCACGACAUUAUAUAAAGCUCGAUGUUUCUAACUUAUUGGAAAAUGUUGUUGAAAUGGAAGAUGUAUCUGAUCUGGAGGAUCACUUUGUUGCCGAUUCUGAGGUAAUUGAGCUAGACGAUGAUGACGAUGAAGAAGAAGUAAUAGAAGCAGAAGAAGAAACAACUGACAAUAAUGAUGGCAGAUUUCUGAAAAGCAAAUGGGACACCGACCCGACUACAGAAAAUUUAGCACGCCUCGAUGGUACUAGUAAACCGAUUUCCAAACGUGGAACUGCUACUCUUGAAGAAUAUCUUCAGAUAGAUGGUUGGGAGCCUCCAUCUUCUAAUACAAAUGGAAAGAAAAGAGUACGAUGGGCUGACAUAGAAGAAAAGCGCGCUCAAGAUAAAAUGCGAGCAAUUGGUUUUGUAGUUGGUCAAACAGAUUGGAACCGUAUGAUGGAUCCUACAAGUGGAAGCGGUGCUCUCACGAAAACAAAGUACAUAGAGAGAUUGACUAAACGUCGUUAGAUCAUUGCAUACUUUUAUGUAUUAUAAUAUAGUUGAUGUUUUUUUUUAUUGAACUAUAUAUUCAAAUUAAGAAAUAAUUUGCAACGGUUGCCGUCUGUAUUAAGCAAUGAAUGUGGAUCAGCACGACAUCUGUGUUCUUUACUUUUACACACAUUAGGAACUCAUAAAUUAAAAAUUAUUUAAAAAUAAUGAUAACUUUUUUUCUGCAAAAUAUUAAUUUUAUUUUAUUUUUUGAGUAUCAAAUAAAUUUGUCUGAUUGAAAAGUUAGGAAA